GAAGUGUUUGACGUAUACCUAAAUUGUGUAUGAAUUCCAGUGACGUUUAGGAAGGGAAACCGCGUAUCCGUAAAUUUUGUCAAGUGUUUAGUUCAGGCAACUACUCUUAUAAUGAGUGAUGUGGAAAAUGCAUCCAGCAAUUCCGAAACGGAAUUCGAACAAGAUUGUGUGAUGCCAGUCAGAUCGUCAAACCCGAUUCGCGCCAGAAGUCUCAUCCGGAACAACUUGGAGAAGUCUAGCAGCAACAACCAGCAGCAGCAGCCGCACCUGCAAUCCAGAAUGCCGAACAUCAAGGUCUUCUCCGGCUCGUCCCAUCCGGAUCUGGCGUCGCGCAUCGUGGACCGCCUCGGAAUCGAUCUCGGGAAGGUCGUCACCAAGAAGUUCAGCAAUCUGGAAACAUGUGUUGAAAUCGGCGAAUCCGUCCGCGGCGAAGAUGUCUAUAUCGUACAGUCCGGAUCCGGCGAGAUCAACGACAACCUGAUGGAACUGCUGAUCAUGAUCAACGCGUGCAAGAUUGCGUCCGCUUCCCGAGUGACCGCUGUGAUACCCUGCUUUCCGUACGCUCGCCAGGACAAGAAGGACAAGGCAGGCGAUGAAAAGCUGGCCAUGUUGAUGAAAACCCAUGAGUGGAAGUUUCGGAGCCGUGCCCCGAUAUCGGCGAAGCUGGUGGCGAACAUGUUGUCCGUUGCUGGCGCUGAUCACAUCAUUACGAUGGAUCUCCAUGCUUCACAAAUUCAGGGUUUCUUCGACAUCCCGGUGGAUAACCUGUACGCUGAACCGGCCGUGCUCAAGUGGAUUCGGGAGAACAUUGCCGAGUGGCGAAACUCGAUUAUUGUGUCCCCAGAUGCCGGCGGUGCCAAGCGUGUGACGUCAAUUGCUGACCGGCUCAAUGUGGAGUUUGCUCUGAUCCACAAGGAGCGAAAGAAGGCCAACGAAGUGGCCUCAAUGGUGCUAGUCGGUGACGUGAAAGAUCGGGUAGCCAUUUUGGUGGACGACAUGGCCGAUACGUGCGGCACCAUUUGCCACGCCGCGGAGAAGCUAAGGGAAGCGGGCGCCACCAAAGUGUACGCCAUUCUCACGCAUGGAAUAUUCAGUGGACCGGCUGUUUCGCGGAUAAACAACGCAUGCUUCGAAGCCGUAGUCGUCACGAAUACCAUACCUCAGGAUGGGCACAUGAAAGAUUGUCCCAAGAUUCAGUGCAUUGAUGUUUCCAUGAUGUUCGCUGAGGCGGUUCGCCGAACACACAACGGUGAAAGUGUUUCCUAUCUGUUUUCGAACGUUCCCUACUAAAUAUGACGCGUUUGUACCUGGACAAUGCUGGGGAGGGCAAGGAAAAUUAUUUGAGUCGCGAAACUCGUGAUCGCCAUUUUUUUUCUAACAUUUAUUUUAUCAUCGUAUAUUUUUUUCUUUCGAAAAGUGUACACAUUUAUAUAACACGACCAUAUAUACUUUUUGGCUAUUAAAAGACUCGCAACUGUCUUAAACUAUUCUUGAGAAAAAAAAUCUGAAACAAUUGGAUUAAGCUAAAAGAAACGAUUCCGCAAUUUUUGCAUUAAAUAUCUCAAAUAUCGCGAAAGUGAAGCCUAGACAAACGAAGGCACCGCUCAACGCCGCAACGACGGCCCACUACUAUAAUGGCCUCCUUCCUUAAAGGCAGGAAGUCCACAGGAGCCAUUUCCCCAUUUCAUGCAUAGCAUGGAAUCUGUUUAUCUUCUUCCGUUAAUUAUUUAGAACCCCAUUGAAGUAAUAUCAAUUCGGUGAAUUCCCCAUCCUAGCAACGUAAAGGGAAUAUUCUAUCCCCUUGCACACAUCCUAAACAUAGUUUUGCUAUAGUGAGCCAAACCUGCGAAUGCCAGAACGAGACUCUUAUUAAUUUCAGUUGUGGAAUUGGUUUUAUUGGAACAACUACAUCAACUAGGCGAUAGAAAGUGAAAUAUAAAUUUAAAUCAAACUAUUAUGUAAGACAACAACAAACAGUUCUUAUUUUUAUGCUAUUUGCUAUAAAACAGGAGAGAAAUAAAAAAGAUAGUAUUACACUAGUAAAAAA